AUACACUCCUCGAAAUCAAACAUGGAUUCGAGAUCGCCUUUCCCUUCUACUCUGCUCUUUGUUCUUCUACUGGUGCUCCCUGUUUUCGCCAAUGCGUCUAGCAGACUCUACAUCGUCUACAUGGGGGAGAAGAAGCACGAUGAUCCAUCUGUGGUGACUGCAUCGCACCAUGAUGCUCUUACUUCAGUUUUUGGGAGUAAAGAUGAAGCCAUGAAAUCCAUAGUCUACAGUUACAAGCACGGAUUCUCUGGAUUCGCCGCAAUGCUCACCGAGUCCCAAGCUGAUGAACUUGCAAAAUUACCCGGAGUUAUCACUGUGAAGCCUAACACUUACCAUGAAACACACACUACACGGAGCUGGGAUUUUCUUGGCCUUAACUACAACGAACAAUCAAGUCUUUUGAAGAAGGCAGGCUAUGGUGAAGAUGUCAUCGUUGGUGUUGAUACAGGGAUAUGGCCUGAAUCACAAAGCUUCGACGACAAUAGCUACGGCCCUGUGCCAGCACGGUGGAAGGGCAAGUGCCAGACCGGCGUGGCGUUCAACACCACGGGUUGCAACCGGAAGAUCAUCGGUGCGCGCUGGUACUCCAGCGGCGUCCCGGACGAGUCUCUUAAGGGCGACUACAUGUCACCAAGGGACCUAAACGGGCACGGCACGCACACCGCCUCGACGAUCGCCGGCAAGCAGGUGUGGAACGUGAGCCACCGGCAGAGCGGCCUGGCCGCGGGCAUGGCCCGCGGAGGUGCGCCGCGGGCGAGGCUGGCGGUCUACAAGGCUUGCUGGGGUGACAGCAACUCCACGUGUGGCGACGCGUCCGUCCUCGCGGCCAUCGACGACGCCAUAAACGACGGCGUGGACGUGCUGUCGCUGUCGCUGGGAGGGUACGGUGAGGUCGCCGGGACGCUGCACGCCGUGGCGAGGGGGAUCACCGUGGUGUUCGCCGGCGGGAACGAGGGCCCCGUGCCACAGUCCGUGUCGAACGCCGUGCCGUGGGUCAUCACGGUGGCCGCUAGCACCAUCGAUCGCUCGUUUCCAACCGUGAUAUCGCUCGGGAACAAAGAGAAGCUUGUGGGACAAUCUCUUAACUACAAUGCAACAAUGAACAGCAGCAACUUUCAUAUGCUCGUCGAUGGGCAAAGAUGCGACGAGGACUCUCUGGCGUCAGUCAACAUCACCGGCAAGAUCGUCCUGUGCUCGGCGCCGUUGGAGGCGGCCAACUCGUCACCAAACAGCUCGUUCGCCGCCACAUUCGUCGCCGUCGUGAAGAGACGCGCGAAGGGUCUCAUCUAUGCGCAGUACAGCGCCAACGUCUUGGUUGGCUUCGAGGACUUCUGCCACCUGUAUCUGCCGGCCAGCUGCGUGCUGGUCGACUACGAAAUCGCAAGCAGGAUCGCCUCCUACGCCAAAAGCACAAGGAAAUCUGUGGUGAAGAUAUCUCGGGUGGUGAGCGUGGUUGGGAAUGGGGUACUCGCACCGAGGAUCGCCAUGUUCUCGUCGAGAGGCCCGAGCAAUGAAUUUCCUGUCAUCCUCAAGCCUGACAUAUCUGCACCUGGAGUCAGCAUCCUGGCUGCUGUGGGCGACUCAUACAAAUUCAUGUCUGGGACGUCCAUGGCAUGCCCGCACGUCUCGGCGGUGGCGGCGCUGCUCAAGUCGGUUCACCCGGACUGGUCGCCGGCCAUGAUCAAGUCUGCCAUUGUCACCACAGCAUCGGUGACCGAUCGUUUUGGUAUGCCAAUACAAGCUGAGGGAGCACCUAGGAAGAUCGCCGAUCCAUUCGACUUUGGUGGUGGCCAGAUCGACCCAGACAAGUCCAUUGACCCUGGGCUUGUCUAUGACAUUGACCCGAAGGAAUACACUAAGUUUUUCAACUGUACCCUUGGCCCUAAGGAUGACUGUGAGUCCUAUGUGGGCCAGCUCUAUCAGCUCAACCUUCCAUCCAUCGCCGUGCCAGACCUUAAGGACUCUGUCACGGUUUGGCGCACUGUAACCAACGUCGGAGGGGAAGAAGGAACUUACAAGGCAUCAAUUGAGGCACCAGCCGGUGUGAGGAUGUCUGUUGAACCUUCAAUUAUCACAUUCACCAGAGGUGGUAGUAGAAGUGCAACAUUCAAGGUGACAUUCACCGCAAGGCAGAGAGUACAAGCAGGCUACACGUUUGGAAGCUUAACAUGGCUAGAUGGUGUCACACAUUCGGUGAGGAUUCCAGUAGUGGUUCGCACCAUAAUCCAAGACUUUGUUUCAGAUACUUCGUAA